UGGUCCUGCUGCGGCUGUAGCAGGGCCUCCUGGGGCUGUAGCGGGGCCGCCUGCUCUUCCCCCCGGCGUGUCUCCUGUGGCUCUCCAGUUCGGCACGUUUAACCCUAGCUUCAUGGGCGCUAGCGGCCCUGUCAUUGUUCCCCCGCGCACCACGUCUGCACCGCCUAGUUUGGACGAGCAGAAGAAGGAGCAGGCGCGGCACGAGGCCAUGCUACGCCAGCAGCAAGCGGCUAAGUCUGGCGAAGCAGGAGCAGCAGCAGCCGCGGGGCCUAGAGGCCCUAUAAGCGGCAGCAUUCCAGAAGAAUCUCAGCAGGUUUUGCCUGCUCCCGCCCCUGCUGCCGCCACCAGUAGCGGUAGCAUCACUGCUCCAGUUGCCGCAGGGGCAGGAGCAGUGGCAGCAGCAGCAGCAGCAGCAGCAGCAGCAGGGGUAGUAGGGGCAGCGGGAGGGGCACCAAGCGGGUGCGGGGAUCUUGUCGUCUGCUGGGAUCAGCGCAUGGGGCGCAGGCGCAGCUGGUACAGGUGGUGUAGGUGCAGCUGGGCAGGCGCAUCUGGCGUAGGUGGAGCUGUAGCAGUGGGAAGUGAAGGUCAGGUGGCCAAGGGGGAGGCUGGAGUAGCGACGGCAUGGCAGCAGCAAAAGCAGCAGCAAGAACAGCAGCAGCAAAGACAACAGCAACAGCAACAGCAGCAGAGGCAGCAACAGCAACAGCAACAGCAACAGCAGCAGAGGCAGCACCAGUUUCAGCUUCAGCAGCAGCAGCAGCAGCAACAGCAACAGCAACAGCAACAACAACAGCAACAGCAACAGCAGCAGCAGGCCGCACGCAUGGUUUCCAACCAUCUCCCUUCCAACAACAGCAGCAGCUGCACCAGCAGCAGCAGCAGCAGCUGCACCAACAGCACCAGGCACAUCAGCACGCACCAAUUCAACCCUCCCUGCAGCAACAACAGCAACAGCAACAUCAACAGCAGCAGCAACAACAGCAACAACAGCAGCAGCAGCAGCAGCAGCAGCACAGGCCCCAGCAACCUCCACAGCCCUCCCCUCCUCCCCCGCUCGUUCAACCGCCCUUGCAACCCCUCCCGCGGCCCACAUACGCCACCCCUGAUGAUGCCUGGCGGGCCCCAGGCUCACCUACAGGCCCAGCUACAGGGCCAGCUACAGCCGGGCCCACUACAAGGUCAGCUACCGAAUCCGCUACAGCAAGGCCCGUUACAAGGUCAGUUACCGAACCCGCUACAGCAAGGCCCGUUACAAGGUCAGCUACAGGGGCCGCUACAGCAGCUGCCGCCCCACCUGCAGCACGCUGCCAUGGCGCUACAGCAGCACGGCCAUGGAAUUCCGCCGCACUUGCAGCAUCCGGGACUGCACCAAGCGGGGCUGUCGCCUCAGCCGGGUAUGGGGGUGGGUCAGCAGCAACAGCAGCAGCAGCAGCAGGCGCAGCAGCAGCACCAACACCAGCUGCAGCUGCAGCAGCAACAGCAACAGCACCAGUUGCAGUCGCAGCAGCAGCAGCAGCAGCAUAUGCAGCAGCAGCAGCAGCUGCAGCAGCAGCAAGUUCAGGGACCCCAGCCUUCCCCUCCCCCGCCCCAGCAGCAACUCCAACAGCAGCAGCAUCAGCAACAACAGCAACAGCAACAGCAGCAGCAGCAGAUGCCACACCAGCAGCCUUCACAUUUGCUGCAGCACCAGCCCCAGCAGCACAUAGUUGUGGCUUACCAGCAGCACGGCCCCUCAGGAAUGACAGUCCAGUACGGUACUGUACCCGCAGGCACUCAAUUCGCGGGCAUGCAAAACCCUAAAUCCUCUACCCUGCUGCAACCCAGGGCAAGCCGGGCACUUAAAAUCAUGGACCCCACGACCCAGAAGGAGGUGAAGGUGGAAAAAGUGGCCGCGGCGAAAGGCAAGCCUGGAGCAGUGGAGCAGCGGGAGCAGCGGGAGCAGGGGCGGCAGGAGGUGGGCGAAGGGGGGAGCAGGAGCAGGGGCAGGCGCAGCAGGAGGGGCAGGGGAGGGCACGGGUGCAGGGGCGGCAAUUGGUGGGGAACAACACCCUCAACUGGUUCCCCCGCUCCUCAUGGGUUUACCACCGCCCCUGCGGGGGGGUCAGGGUUUGACAUGCAGGGCCAGCCACCCACGCCAGGCUCCACCCCCACCACCCCCCAAGGCGGAUUGGUCUCCCCCUCUGCUGCUGGGGCGGCAGCAGCAGGAGUGGCCGGCAGGGGAAUGCCGAUAGGCGUGGCAGCAGCAGCAGCAGGCGUGCGACCCCCCAUGGGGUUUCCACAACCCGGCCACAUGCUCCCGUCUAUGUACUACCCGGGUGUUCCUGGCGUUGCAGGGGUGCCUGGUGUGCCGGGAGUGCCGGGUGCUUACCCGCAGCAGCGCUUCUUCCCUCCUCAACAGCCUGGGCUAUGCCAGCAGGGGGAGGGAUGCCUGGCGGGGCGGGAGGGGGAUGGGUGGGCCAGGGGCAGCGGGGCAGGCUAGGUUUAGCCCCUCUUACCCGCAGCCGGCAGGGCAUGGGCCAGGGGUUAGGCCCCAUAUGGGGCAUAUCUUGCCGCACCAGCAGAUGCCAGGGGGUGGGCCUGGUGGUAUGCAGGGCUUCCUGGUGCAGGUAUGGUGCACUAUGCUACUGGCGCCAUUCCUGGCGCCGGGCCUGGAAGUUCAGGGGAGGAAAUGACCAUGCCUGGGAUGGAUGGCAUGGUGAACAUGGCUGUGUCGUCACCGGUAGGCCCGGGAGCAGGUAUGGCGAUCCCGAACCUGCCGAUGAUGGCUCCGGUAGGCUCGGCAGGGCAACCCGUGGGAGGGUAUAUGAUGGGCGCGGGGACAGGGUUUUUGAUUCCGGG